CGCUCAGUGCAGUAACCAGUUAUUCCGAUAAGAGGAAACAAUGUUGGUGUUACUGCUGCUGUCAGUUCUCGGUGCCGCCCGGACUGCGGGAGCUCUCCUGUCUAGCUACUCGCUGCCUCCUGGCGUGACACUUACAGAUGGCGAGGAGUUCGAGUACAUAGUGGUGGGUGCGGGCGCGGCGGGCGCGGUGGUGGCCUCCCGGCUUGCGCUCGCUGGCGCCAACGUGCUUCUUGUGGAAGCAGGUGGAGAUCCAAGUUUCAUCUCCAGGAUACCGGCUGUGGCAAUGGCGCUGAUGGGGUCAGAAAUGGAUUACCGAUACGAGACGAUAUCUAAUAACGUAUCGUGUCUAUCUUCGAAGGACAGAGCAUGUCUGGUCAGCCGCGGCAAGUGUCUCGGAGGUUCCACUAGCAUCAAUCAUAUGAUGUAUAUCCGCGGCAACCGGGAAGACUACGACGCUCUGAACAUCACGGACUGGUCCUGGAGACAUAUGGAGCCUUAUUUUUUGCGUUACGAGGGCUUGCAGGACUUAGAUCAUCUUCCUAUAUCUUCUAUACCGUAUCAUAAUACCACGGGUACUAUGAAGUUAGGAUUUUUCGAAUAUUCUAAUAAUCCAUGGCAUUUGAGAAUCAUUAAUGGAUAUGAAGCGCUUAAUUUCCCUUGUAAUCUUGAUGUCAACGGGGUAUCUCAAAUUGGAGUCUCUCGAAUCAUUGGAUACACAUACAAUAAUGAGCGCAUGAGUACUGCACGAGGAUAUCUCGGAAGAGACGAUGUGAAGAGGAAACUGAAAGUGGCCAAGUACACCAGGUGCACAGGAGUUAUCAUAGACGAUGACAAUGUGGCUCGUGGCAUUACGGUCGUUCAUGGACCUUCUAAUGCUACAUUACGACUCUAUGCGUCACGGGAGGUUAUAUUGAGUGCGGGGGCGCUCGUUACUCCACAGCUGCUUAUGUUGUCGGGCAUCGGUCCUGCUGAUCAUUUAAAUGAAAUGGGUAUACCAGUUCGCGUAGAUCUGCCAGUAGGUAAUAAUAUGACAGAUCAUACGUUGGUGUUAGUUGUUGUUAAGGUAGAAAAAGAAACAAAUUUACUGAGAGGAAUUAUAGAUAGCGCCGGAAAAAUCUUUAGUUUGUUAGCGGAUAUUCUAAUAUCUCGAGGUAGAUCUCUUGGAUCUAUCGGUCUUAAUGACGUGACUACCUUCGUGAACACAUUGUGCUAUGAUUUUGAUAAACGGCAACUCACAAAAAACAGUACGAAGUGUGAGUUGUCGACAACGCAAUUUAUUCAUCAGUACGCAGCUAGAGGUUUGCUUGUAAUCGGGGGACCCAUCCUCAAACAAAGAAUAGGUUUAGCAGCCUCUGUGAUAAAUCAAUUGAGUGAAAUUAAUAAAAAUUAUGCUCUUGUUAUAAUCUCAUCUCUAGUAUUGCAGCCGAAGUCUAGCGGUACAAUACGGUUGGCAAGCGUGGACCCACUUCAAGCGCCUGCCAUUUUCCCUAAUUAUCUAUCGGAUGAACGCGACGUGGAUGAGAUGGUGCGCGGUAUUCAGAUUAUAGAGCAGUUGACCGAGACGCUGGCGUUCAAGACUGCGGGUGCAUCACUGUUGCGGCUGGAGCUGGAGGGCUGCCCCUCCAGCUCGCGAGACUUGACAGCGUACUGGCGCUGCUACGCGCGCCACUUGACGUACUCCACGUUUCAUUCGGUGGGCACGAGCGCGCUGGGCCGCGUGCUGGACACGCGGAUGCGCGUGCGCGGGGUGGCGCGUCUACGCGUGGCCGACGCGGGCGCGCUGCCGCAGCUGCCGCGCGGCAACCCCGCCGCCGCCGUCAUCGCGCUCGGCGAGAGGCUCGCAGACUUCCUUCUAGACAAUAAUGGCGAUUGACGUGUACGUUUGCAAUACUAAACUUGUUAUUUGCUCAGCCGUUAACUGUCUACUAUUAAACAUAACCUUCCCCAUAAGGGAGGUUUUGCCAGUAGUUGCCACGCUUGGUAGGUGGAUUGGCAACCGCAGUUAGGCUUUGAAGAUGUUUUAUGAGGGACAUUGCUGCCAAUCUCUCGCCCUCCCUUAGUCGUCUCUUACGACACCCAUGGGAAAGAAAGGGGUGGUCUAUUCUAUGUCAGGACCACGCGCCUGACACCAUAUAUAUAUAUGAGUGUAUGUGUAGGUAGAUAAGGUAUCUAAAUAAGAACAAUAGAAGCCAUAGCUAUAAUAUUUAUAAAUUGUUUGUUGUCUGUGUGUUGUGCAAAAACUACUAUACUUCUGUCUCUGAAGGUCGUUUGUGAGUUCGCAUGAUAUUUACACAGUAUUUGUUUUUUUAAAGGAAAACAUAUCUAUCUCACUCUAUACACAUAAAUACUAUUAAUAUAAGUUGAUCACACACAGUACACUAUAUAUUAUUUAUUAUGUGGAGGGAAAAAAUAUACGCUGACCUACUUCCAAAAUCCACACGCGAAGUCACCAAAAGUAAGUUGUUGAACAAGUGUUGUGACGGGAUCACGGGAGGAGCAAUAAAAACAAUUCACGUCACGUAAACCGUAUGUUUGAAUCUUAAAUUAUAUAUAUAGAACAUCGAGUCUCAAACACGGGUCAACUUUUUGUCAGCUAAAUGUCAAAUUAAUAUAAUAGUUAUAAAGGAAACACUUAUAACUGUUUAUCACGCAUAAUUGUAUGAAAAAGUUGACCCGUUUUUCUCGAAGCAUUUGUGUGGAAACACUCUAUCUACAUAAUCUAAUAAAAAAUAAAAAUGCAAAUGCGUAUGUUCAGCAGCCGACAGUUAACAAACGAUAUGAUGAUAAUGACGAUGACAAGAAUGUACAUAUAAAAAUCAGCCAGUCAAGCUGUCAGUAAUAAGUAUUUUUAACGGACUUCGAAGAUAGAGCAAGUGCUCUAUUCAGUUAUAUUUUUUAUUUUUUUUACCUCAGAACUUCGUCGUUUACGAGUAUAAACCUGUUUGGAACAUCCUUUUUUUUUUGAAAGAAUACACUUUCAAAUUGGACCCUUAGAAAUUUUUAUCAAAGGCAGCUGAGUUUCCUGAGUUUCUUGCCCGUGCUUCUCAGCGGAAAUUGCAUUCCGAACCGGGUGGUAGAUUCAUAAAAAAUGACUAUUCAAAAAUGCUUAUAAUUAACUUCAUUUGAAUAAAAAAAUAUUUUUAUUUAUUUCAUAAUCGCUUCAAUAGUUUGAUGAGGUUUGUGUGUGUACUAAAAUGUCAAUAAAAUACCUAAAUAUAAAUCGUUCGUCCUGACUGUCUGUCAACGCAAAGCCAAAACUGCUAGAAGUUUAAAAUUUAGAAUUAUAAUGUAAGCAUCCAUUAAGAAAGGAUAUUUGAAUAUUUCAACUUGAGUGCUUUAUUCCUAUUUGAUCUUAGGCCAUAUGGAUGUAGCUUUACCUUUUUCGCUUAUCUACCUAUGCCACAAUGACAAAGAGUAAUCAGGGGUCUACCAUGAAAUGAAAAUCCGAAUUUUCGGACUCAAUUUCGUGUUUCUGUUCAUAAGGAGAUCAACCCAGUAAAUAGAGCCAGUAAAUAUAGUAAAUAAAUAAUAAAUAAAGUAAUACCCAGUAAAUAAUAUCAUAAAUCCUAUUGUAAAAGACCGAAGGAAUGAUUAUUUAUAUUUUUAAACGGUAAGCAUCAUGUAAAUUUAACAUCAAAUUUGUGGUUCGUUCAUAAAUUUCGGGAAACAUUUCAUGGUAGGCCCUCGAUAGUGCAGAAUUGUUUCGUCAAAGAAAAAAGGACGGAAGUUGAUUAUUAAACAGAAUGUAAAUGAAUACUUUUCGUUGUAGAAGUAUAAAUAAGUGUAAAAUAAAAAAGAGUUGCUCGCCAGUUGGUAGGCGUUUUAUUUUUUAUGAC